AGGUGGCGGUCCGAAGCAAGAACAGGUUCCUGGUGAAAACUGCUUGGUCCUUGCCUGUGGUGCAUUUUGGGCCCAGCGGCGACCUCACUCGCUACGAAGGCGAGCCAUUUCGGUGCUGCAACGAUGAAGAGGGCUCCGUCCCCACGUGCUGCGGCUUGGUGUCGGGCGGCAUUGCUACGCGGACUGCAGAGACGUUCUGCGACUCCUGGGGAAGCCUGGGGAAGGUGGACUGGAAAGGACAGCCGUGCAGCAUGGGAGGGUGGCCCUGCCUCUUCACCGUCAAUGAAGCCGCAGAAACCGUCGACGAGCUGGAGCUCUUUGUGGAGCCCGACAUCUCCCCGUUGUUGACCGGAGUGGGGAUCUUGACUUCGAUCCUUCUGCUUUUGGUCACUGUACCACUGCUUUUGAAGUAUUGCAGGUGUGAUUGCAGCAUGAACCUCCAGCAGGAGGCCGAGGCCGAGCUGUAUGAUCCAGACGACCCGAACUCCGACUGGGGACAGGCUGUGCAAGAAGCGCUGCAGGAGGAGUAUGACCGCAAGAAGAAAGCAGGUUGUUUGCGGAAGCUGCAAGAGAUGUCUCCCCAGCUGGAGAAGUUGACACAGAAUCUGGAGCAGCUUCGUAAGUUUGUGAAAGCCUGCCGAUGCCGAAGACGCCCGGUGAGUGACACGCCCGCGGACACGCCCGCGGAGACGCCCCAUGGUCAAAACACUGAGGAGGUGGUCGAAGCUGAGAAAGCAAGGACAUCCAUGGCCUCCAUGAGAGGAAGCCAGGUAGAGGAGGAAGGGCGGAAGAUACGAGCAACGAGGAGCAGCCAGGUGCCGGAGCCCUUGCAGCCCACCACGCCGGAGGGCGGCCGGUCGUCGAUGAUGUCGAUGAGGGCAUCGAUGAGGGCAUCGAUGAGGGCUUCGAUGAGAUCGCCCAAGAGGGACGCCGAGGUGCGGACGCCAACGGUGCCAGGCUUGAUUCUGGAGGAUGAGAAGGAGGGUCUGAAGGCGUAUCAGACUUGGGAUGCCAUGGACAAGGAUGUGGCGGACUUCACCGAGAACGACAUCCACCCAGGGUUCCAGCUAGGCAAUCUCUCCUCUUAUGCUCGGCUUGCUCAACACCAGCGGCAGAACCUCUUCAUGCCAAUUGUAGAGCCGAUCCCCGGAGCUUCAGCUGCAGCUUACUCUGGCAACACCUUGCACUACUGCACCAGCUCCUUCCACGCCAGCCGCCGGCAGAAGCGGCGGAAGCCCAAGCGCCGCAAGGGCGAGGUUGCCAGGUGUGACCUGGAGCUCGGUGGCUUUGGAAGCACCAAGCAGCCCCAGAGGCCGCGGCAGGCUGGCUGGCGGAUGCAGGUGCAUGCACAGGAGAUGCUGGAAUGAGGCGGCAGCCCAGCAGUGCAGGACCUGAAGUGACACCUAGCCCCCA